AUUCUACAGUUUGAAUUCUGAAUCGCUAUCGCGUGCAGACUUGCCGAUCCAAUCACUCUCCGCUCAGAAAUUGUCGGUUCACUAAAAUCUUGAAGCUUACCACCAACGACAAAUUUGAGUUUGCUAUCCAGAUUUAGUGAAGAACCCCAACAAACUUCAAGAUUUUAUAUCGGGGCAGCGGAAAGAUGACCGAUCGUGCAAAUACCACAGGACAUAAUUGCCAAUCAUGCGAUCGUCCGGAUGCGGCAGAAGAAGAAAUGGUGCAGUGUUGUCGUUGCCAGCUAUGGGAACAUUUCGGCUGUGCAGCUGUUGACGAACGGAUCAAGGAAGCUGGCGUUCAAUUCAUCUGUAAGAGGUGUAUCGCCACGAUGGGAGCUUCGACGUCAACAGUGCAUAGGAAAACACAGAAACCUAAUGCCUCUGUCAAAGGAUCGAAAGCUGGAUCUAAGAGGAGCAAAAAACCUACGAACAAUCCAGAAAGUGUGACUUCUAGUGUUCGGGCUGCACUUCUCGAAGAGCAGCUGAAGAUGAUUGAAGAAGAGCGACAACUCAAGGAACAGGAGCUGGAAGAACAGAAAGAGCUCAAGCGGCGCGAAUUGGAAGAAUCAGAGCGCCAAUUGCAGGAGAAGAAAAAGUUUGCGGAAGAAGAAAAACGUCUCCGCGAACAACAGUUGCGUGAGGAGUCUGCUAUGAAGUUGAUGCAACAGAAAAUAAGACGAGAAUCCUUGGAGAAGCGAAAUGAAAUCAUUCGACAACUUGCGCAGACAAGCAGCAGGAGUGGAUCAAUGCCCGAUUCGAACGAAAAGGUUAAGGACUGGUUGGCAGAACAGGCGGAAGUAAACGAACAUCCUCCGAUCGGCGUUUCAUCGGUAGCAGCAAAACUAGAUGCAUUGCAGCUGCACCCACCGGCGAUUGUAGAAGCGCUACCUGCAGUAAAUGAUAGCGAUAACGUGACGCGGCAUUCAAACAGUUCCCCUCCAAUCCCUGCGCUUGGGCAAGCUGGUCCCAUUUCGCCACCACCACCUCUCCCAUCUAAUGAACGUUAUGGCCAAUCCGUUAGUCUCUCUCAGCAGCAAAUCGCCGCUCGGCAAGUAUUGGGCAAGGAGCUUCCCACUUUCAACGGGAAUCCUGAAGACUGGCCCAUCUUCAUCAGCUGCUAUGAGCAGUCAACAGCCACCUGUGGCUAUUCGGACGCGGAAAAUCUGAUCCGCCUUCAACGGUGCCUGAAGGGGCACGCCUUAGAAUCGGUCAGGAGUCGAUUGCUUUUGCCAUCGAGCGUGCAGCACGUUAUCCAGACUCUGCGCACUUUGUACGGCAGGCCCGAACUUUUGAUACGGAGCUUGAUGCAAAAAAUUCAUCAAGUACCGGCUCCACGGCCCGACCGCCUGGAGACACUUAUGCAGUUCGGACUCUCAGUCCAAAAUUUGGUGGACCAUUUGAAAGCAGCUGGCCACCAGAAUCAUCUCGCAAACCCGGUUCUCAUGCAAGAAUUAGUGGAAAAGCUUCCAGGCUCGAUGCGCCUGGACUGGGCUGUCUUCAAAAAUAAACACCAUCCAGCAAAUUUGGCAACCUUUGGCGAAUUUAUGUCGGGACUCGUAACAGCGGCGAGCGAGGUAACCUUUGACCUUCCGGAGUUCGACAGCACUGACAGAGGAGAUAAGCGGAAACCGAAGAAUAGCGGUAUUAUCCAUACCCACUCAGCCGGUCUAGAUUCUUCAGCGGGGCCUGCGGUAGGGGAAGUAGCGAAGACUUACAAACAGCCAGGUAAAUUAUGUGUAGCAUGUGGACGUAGCGGGCAUCGUGUGGCCGAGUGCGCCCAGUUUAAAGCAGCCAGCGUGGACGAACGCUGGAAACUGGUCCAGUCAAAGGGGCUAUGCAGAACGUGCCUGAACAGUCAUGGCAAGUGGCCUUGUCGAUCAUGGUCCGGUUGCGAAUUUGAAGGGUGUCGGCAUAGGCACCAUACUCUUCUCCAUUUCUCUUCAUCUUCCCCUAGUCGUGUGAACAUUUCCGCAAGUCACGUGUCUUCCGGAGAGCUAAAUUGGCCACUUUUUCGGGUGAUACCUGUAGUGUUGUACGGAAGGCAAACAUCGCAAAUAACAUUUGCCUUUAUUGACGAGGGGUCUUCGUAUACUCUGCUGGAAGAGUCUGUUGCCCAACAGUUAAAUGUAAAUGGUCCAACGGAACCGUUAACUCUUCAGUGGACCGGGAAUGUAACUCGAAUCGAGUCGAAAUCACGGCAUAUCAAACUGGAUAUCUCCGGCAAAAAUAGUACUUCUCGCUUCGACUUGAACCAUGUCCGAACGGUUCGUCACCUGUUACUCCCUUCACAAACACUCAAGUACAAAGAUCUUGCGCGUCGCUUUCCUCACCUGAGAGGUCUCCCACUGGAAGACUACGAACUCAUUCAGCCUCAAUUGCUAAUUGGUUUGGACAAUCUUCGACUGUGCGUGCCACUGAAGCUUCGCGAAGGAGGGCCGCUGGAUCCGAUUGGCGCAAAAUGUAGAUUGGGAUGGAGCAUCUACGGCUGUAUUCCCGGGCGAACAUCGACUGCAGGAGUCGUAAAUUUCCAUGCUGGCACGGUGUCCAAUCCUGACAACGAGAUGAACGAACAACUACGAGACUUCUUCGCAUUGGAGAACGCAGGCAUUAUUGCACCGGUCGACGUGCUGGAACCAGAAGACGAAAAGCGCGCUCGACUGUUGCUGAAGAGCACCACUCGGCGUAUUGCAUCCGAAAAUCGAUACGAAACCGGAUUACUAUGGAGCACAGAUAACCCGAAUUUCCCUGACAGUUAUCCGAUGGCAGUGCGCCGUAUGGUGGCCCUCGAGCGAAGAUUCGAACGUGAACCAGAACUGGGCGAGAAGGUGCGUGCACAUGUCGCCGACUACGAGAGGAAAGGGUAUGCGCAUAAGGCCAAACUGGACGAGCUCACCUCUGUAGAGACAGAUCGUGUGUGGUACCUACCACUUGGCAUCGUUACCAACCCCAAAAAGCCCGGGAAAGUUAGGUUGAUUUGGGACGCAGCAGCAAAAGUGGAUGGAGUGUCUUUCAAUUCGAGACUUCUCAAAGGCCCUGAUCUCCUAACUCCACUUCCUCAAGUUUUAUGCCAAUUUCGUCAGUUUCCGGUAGCAGUGUGUGGUGACCUAAUGGAGAUGUUCCACCAAAUUAAAAUACGCUCUCCAGAUUGUCAAUCUCAACGUUUCGUGUUCCGCAAUCACCCAACAGAUCCCCCUCAAAUUUAUGUGAUGGACGUAGCUACAUUCGGCGCCACCUGCUCACCUGCUUCGGCACAACACGUGAAGAACUUGAAUGCUCAAGAGCAUGCCAAGGAAUUUCCACGAGCAGCUGCAGCCAUCACAAAUAACCACUACGUGGAUGAUUAUUUGGAUAGCUUCAAGACGACCCGAGAAGCGAUAGAGGUGAUCAACGAAGUUAAAAUUGUGCAUUCCCUGGGAGGAUUCACACUGCGUCACUUCUUGUCCAAUGAAGCAGAUGUACUACACGGCAUUGGAGAACUUCCGGAGGAAUCAACAAAGAUGCUAUCCCUGCAGCGAGGCGAGAAGACUGAAUCCGUGCUCGGUAUGAAAUGGCUUCCGAAAGAGGACGUUUUUGUUUAUUCCGUCGCACUGCGAGAUGAUCUCUCGAAAAUUCUGGUGGACGAAUACGUACCAACUAAGAGAGAAGUGCUCAAAGUUGUAAUGAGUCUGUUCGACCCUCUGGGUUUUAUUUCGUUCUUCCUAAUCCACGGAAAGAUCUUGAUUCAAGAUAUUUGGGCCAGAGGAACCCAGUGGGAUGAGAAGAUUACGGAAGAUCUCUACGUGCGAUGGCGACAAUGGACCAGCCUGUUCGCUGAACUAGGCACCCUGCGCAUACCGCGCUGUUAUUUUCAUUCUCCAUUUCCGGCCAACUUUGAAACCCUACAACUACACAUCUUCGUUGAUGCCAGCGAAGCAGCGUACUCCUGUGUGGCGUAUUUUCGUUUGGAAGUAGGGGAAACUGUGCGAGUAGCAUUCGUCAGCUCCAAGACCAAAGUUGCUCCACUCAAGACGAUAUCGAUUCCCAGGCUCGAAUUGAAGGCUGCUGUACUUGGUACGCGUAUGCUGAAUACUAUUAAGGAUCAGCACACCUUUCCUAUCGCUCGCCAAAUCAUUUGGAGUGAUGCCGGUGUGUGCCUCGCCUGGAUUCGAUCCAAAAAUCAUCGUCGAUAUCACCAAUUCGUCUCCGUUCGUGUGGGCGAAAUCCUGAUGGCGACCGAUCCGCAAGACUGGAGAUGGAUACCUUCAAAAAUCAACGUCGCGGAUCUGGCAACCAAAUGGAAGAACGGUCCGCAAUUGAGCAUGGAUAACCCAUGGUUUGAAGGCGUAGAAUUCCUACACAAAUCCGAAGAACAGUGGCCCGAGGAGCGACCACUACCAGAUACCAGCGAAGAGCUUCGUUCUGCACAUUUCCAACUAGGCCACUUUGCUCCACCGAUCGACAUCUCACGGUUCAGUUCGUGGACUAGAUUACACCGAGCCACCGCGUAUGUUCUGCGCUACAUCGACAACCUUCGCCGGAAGAAGUCUGGUCAACAAUUAGAACUCGGCGGGCUGCAUCAGGACGAGCUGCAGCGAGCUGAACGUGCUUUAUGGAGUUUGGCUCAGUUCGAGGCGUACCCCAACGAGAUUGCUGUACUUUCCAAGUCCCAAGGUUCACCGGAUGAUCGACACCGUAUUGUCAAGAAGUCUAGUCCAAUAUACCGUACCUGGCCUUUCCUGGACAACAAUGGGAUUCUUCGUAUGCGAGGCCGAAUAGGUGCUGCACCAUACGCACCGACGGAAGCUAAGUUCCCGGCAAUCCUCCCCCAUCGUCAUCCACUAACUGUUCUUAUUGUAGACUGGUAUCAUCGUCACUUUCGCCACGCUAACCGAGAAACCAUUGUUAACGAGCUACGACAAAGAUUUGAAAUCGCCAACCUCAGAGCACUUGUGCAAAAAGUUGCGAAAAAUUGCAUGUGGUGUCGAGUGACAAAGGUUUCGCCAAAAACCCCAGCCAUGGCACCACUACCAGAGAUGCGACUGGCAUCAUUUGUCCGACCCUUUACAUUUGUUGGGCUCGACUACUUCGGACCGGUGCUUGUCAAGGUGGGCAGAAGCAAUGCGAAGCGAUGGGUGGCCCUCUUCACCUGCCUGACAAUUAGAGCCGUGCACUUAGAAGUUGUCCAUUCGCUGAGUACCGAAUCCUGUAUUAUGGCAGUACGACGCUUUGUCGCACGACGAGGACCACCAAGAGAAUUCUGGACGGACAACGCAACCUGCUUUCAAGGGGCGGGUAACGAGUUGAAAGCAGAGAUCGAAGCCAAAACCCGAGCUCUGGCACUAACAUUCACGAGUGCUCAGACGAGCUGGAAGUUCAUUUCCCCAUCCACUCCUCAUAUGGGUGGAGCAUGGGAGAGGCUCGUCCGCUCGGUGAAAGUGGCGAUUGGAGCGAUGCUGGAAGCACCCCGCAAGCCAGAUGAUGAGACCAUGGAGACGAUUCUCUACGAAGCAGAGGCCAUGGUAAACUCUAGGCCACUCACCUACAUCCCAUUGGAAUCUGCUGAUGAAGAGGCGUUGACACCCAACCACUUUAUACUUGGCAGUUCCAACGGAGAAAAACUCCUACCUACAGAACCCGUGGAUCAACGAACAACUCUUCGUAGUAGCUGGAAACUAGCCCAAUUCAUCUCCGAUCAGUUCUGGGCUAGAUGGCUAAAAGAGUACCUCCCCGUAAUUACUCGACGAACCAAGUGGUUCGAAGAAACUAAAGAUCUAGAAGUUGGCGACCUGGUACUGGUGGCUGGUGGAACGGCGAGGAACCAGUGGAUUCGAGGAAGGAUUGAGCAAGUGUUCCCGGGACGGGACGGCCGGGUUCGUCAAGCGCUGGUUGGAACGUCAUCUGGGACCCUACGAAGAUCAGCCGCAAGAAUUGCUGUUUUGGACGUCGUGAAGAAUUGUGAAGCAAGUUCAAGGUUUCAAGGAGUUCCUGAUUCUCACCAAGCUUCACGGGUGGGGGAUUGUUACGACGGGGUCCCUCGUUACGCCGACACCGCUGAGUAUGUCGUGUCAUCGGUCGACCGACAGCUGCCCGAGACACGUAAUCAAACUGACAGAAAGAAGAUGUGA